AUGCCAGGGCGACAGACCUGUUGGGUGCAUGCCACCGCCGCAUCGCCAUCUGGUCAAGAAGUGUACUCGAACUUUGACCAGCGCCUGCGAGCCGAGGAGCAUGUGCUGACCUCUAGCACUGCCAGCCACACGGCCCUGCACCUGGUCACGGAGGGCACCUAUGAGCACUGGCUGAGGGAGCAGCCCGAGAGCCGUCGAGCCUGGCUGAGAGGCAUCGGAUUUGACCCCAAAGACCGCAAGAUGGCCCACCUCCCAUCCCUGACACCCGACUCCGACCGGCACGAGGCCCUGGUGGCCAUAGAAAGCAUGGAAGGCCCCUGGGCGGCGACGGCCUCGCUGGCCUGGGCCCUGGAGCGCUACUCCUUCCUUCGGUACAAGGACGAGGCGGCCAGAAAGGCGGCCACAGCGCCUCGGCGGCUCGUGGUGCCCCCCUCCCCCGCCCAGGAGGAGGCUGGUCUCCUGGCGGCGGCCAUCUACCUGGUCCGGGACCUCAUCAACACCCCUGCCGAGGACCUCACUCCAGCGCACCUCGCAGCCGAGGCGGAGGCCCUGGCGGCCGAACACCCCGGCGCGUCCCUCAGCGUGGUCAGCGGGGACGCCCUGCUGCACGCCGAUUCCUUCUUUCCCAUGGUGCACGCAGUCGGCCGGGCCGCAGCCUGCCCCCCACACCUCCUGGACCUCAGGUGGCAGCCUGCGCCCCAGAGCGCCUCCCUCCCCCUGCUCGUGCUGGUGGGCAAGGGCGUGACGUUCGACUCCGGUGGCCUCAACAUCAAGCCCGCCGCCGGCAUGCGGCUGAUGAAGAAGGACAUGGGCGGCGCAGCGCUCGUCCUGGGCCUGGCCCACGUCAUCAUGCAGGCCCAGCUCCCAGUGCGCCUGCGCGUGCUCGUCCCCGCGGUGGAGAAUGCGGUGGGCCCCGCCAGCUUCCGGCCAGGGGACGUGCUGCGCUCGCGCGCUGGGCGCAGCGUGGAGUGA